AUGGCUGCCUCUGCUGGUGGUGAUUUACCGAGCGAUUUUCCGGUAAAUGAAGUGAAUAUGCUUGGACCAGUGAUACAUCUGCUGUUGGAUAAAGCUGAAGAGAUGGCUCGACAAAAUGAAUUACCGCCUCAGUACCCUAACGAUGAAGACAAAUACGACAAAGAGCUAUGGAGUUUGGAAGCAAAUAAAGAGGAUCAUAUCAUAACUGGAAUUGAAGUUGAAAAACAACGCGAAACGCCAUCAUCUGGCAAACGAACACCUCUAACAAAGAUUUCAGUAAGUCCAUCGAUAAGUCCAAAUCAACAAGAACCGGAUAAAUCAACACCUGUGACAAAUCAGUCGUCUCCCGAGAUCAAAGAGAAUAUGAAAGCUGAAAGUGUUCCAGCGGAGAAGGCCGAAUUGAAGCAAGCUGUUACUGGGAAAGCCGAAAACGAGGAAUGUACUCAAACAGAAAAAAGUCCGAUAAAUAGAGCAUCUGAUGGAGCAAAUAAGCAAGCAGAUAAUAAGGAGGAAGUAGCGAAAAGCGUUGAGAUCAAAAAGCAAGAUCAACAGUCACCUAUAGAGAAACAAUCGCCUGUCGUACCACCAAACUUGUCACCAGCAGUUGAGCAAGGACAAAUGGAGGUAAUAUGUCGAGAUAAGACCUAUUGUGCAGUACCAUAUGAAUCUGAUGCACCGGAGAAAUCAAAAUUAUUGCCAAAGAAGAAACGAAGUAGGAAGAAGAAAAGAGCAAGGAGAAGCCGAAAAUAUUGGAUUGGCUCGGUAAGUAGUCAGCAUCCGGAGAUACUAUUUUAG